AAAGUCAAAGCGUUAAAUGGGUGGGGGUUGGGAUAUGAUAAACGUCGCCGGUACCUUACCCUUUUUCGCCGGAUUUCAAAUGGAGUAGCGGUCUGUCUUGGCUGAGGGUUGAAGUCGGAGCACCUAUCUUUUUGGCUGGGACGAAAAGUAUCUACAUCCACCCUCACAGACACCACCUACUUUUUACUCUGUUAGAGUUGAAAUAAAACGAAGGAAGAGGAAAGUAAAAUGUGCUUUCUUUCCUUAUUUCUCUGUACAAGGGAUUAGUGAUCCAACAGGAAUCCAUCCAAUGAAACUGCACUGCCAGAAACAGGGCCAAGCAACACCAAUUGUAUCCUGAAUGAAACAAAGGUUUGGAAGGUUCUAGGUGACCCUCAAAGGCAUGAAGUUCAACUGCUGAAUGAGUACAAUUGACCUCAAGCCAGUAGGCAAUCUUAUUGAUGUCCCUUAAAAUGUGACUCUAUCAGCAAGACCAGUCCUUCACUAUUAGCUAUUGCAGUGCAAGUACCAGCCUCCUUUUAGGAUCAUAAGAGGCAGGUUACAAGUAAAAGAAUGAUGUCUGAAGAGGCUAACCAGAUGCUGGUGGUUUAUGAUGAUCCUUCAGAUCAGAGAUCUUUGUCCUUGGAUGAAAACAGUAGCACAGAGGAAUCAGCAGAAGAAACUAGACUUUCCCUAGAAACAAGUAAUGAUACAGUUCCAUAUAUUGGGCAGAGAUUUCCUACUCAUGAUGCAGCAUAUGAAUUCUAUAGUGAAUUUGCAAAAAAAUGUGGCUUUUCAAUCCGCCGCCAUCGAACAGAAGGAAAAGAUGGGGUUGGCAAAGGCCUAACGAGACGUUAUUUUGUUUGUCACCGAGCUGGAAACACACCAGUGAAAACCUCAAAUGAAAGUAAACCGCAAAGAAAUAGAAAAUCUUCUCGGUGUGGAUGUCAAGCAUACAUGCGAAUAAGCAAAGUCACUGAAUUAGGAGCAGCAGAAUGGCGUGUCACAGGUUUUGUAAACCACCACAAUCAUGAACUUUUAGAGCCAAAUCAAGUUAGGUUCCUUCCUGCAUACCGAACCAUAUCUGAUACAGACAAGAGCCGAAUCAUUAUGUUUGCCAAAACAGGAAUUUCUGUGCAGCAAAUGAUGAGGCUCAUGGAACUUGAGAAGUGUGUUGAGCCAGGAUAUCUUCCAUUCACUGAGAAGGAUGUGAGGAAUUUGCUUCAGUCUUUCAGGAAACUGGAUCAAGAAGAUGAAAGCAUAGAUUUAUUAAGGAUGUGCAGGAACAUUAAGGAGAAAGAUCCAGACUUCAAAUUUGAGUGUACAAUUGAUUCCAACAACAGGUUAGAGAACAUUGCCUGGUCAUAUGCAUCAUCGGUCCAGUCGUAUGAGAUCUUUGGUGAUGCAGUGGUAUUUGACACAACUCACCGUCUGACUGCAUUUGACAUGCCCCUUGGUAUAUGGGUUGGAAUGAAUAAUUAUGGUAUGCCUUGCUUUUUUGGCUGUGUGCUUUUGCGAGAAGAAAAUUUGAGGUCGUUGUCCUGGGCAUUAAAGGUGUUCUUAGGCUUUAUGAAUGGGAAGGCACCACAGACAAUAUUAACUGACCAAAAUAUGUAUCUUAAAGAUGCAAUAGCCAUGGAAAUGCCAACGACUAAACAUGCUCUUUGCAUAUGGAUGAUUGUUGCAAAAUUUCCAUCUUGGUUUAAUGCUGUUUUGGGGGAACGUUACAAUGAGUGGAAGACUGAGUUCUAUCGACUCUAUAAUCUGGAGUCAAUUGAUGAUUUUGAACUAGGGUGGACAGAUAUGGUCAGCACUUUUGGGCUGCAUACUAACAGGCAUAUUGCUAAUUUGUUUGCAUUACGAUCAUUGUGGGCUUUGCCAUACUUGAGAAGCCAUUUCUUUGCGGGAAUGAUUACAACUGGCCACUCAAAGGCAAUUAAUGCUUUCAUUCAAAGGUUUCUAAGUGCACAGACUCGGCUUGCACACUUUGUGGAACAAGUGGCUGUUGCUGUAGAUUUUAAAGAUCAAGCUGCAGAACAACAGACAAUGCAGCAGAAUCUUCAAAACAUUUCCCUGAAGACUGGGGCCCCAAUGGAAUCACAUGCUGCCUCUGUCCUCACACCAUUUGCCUUCUCUAGGCUACAAGAACAACUUGUUUUGGCCGCACACUAUGCAUCCUUUCAGAUGGAAGAUGGCUUUCUUGUGAGACAUCACACAAAACUUGAGGGAGGUCGUAAAGUGUAUUGGGCUCCUCGGGAAGGCGUCAUAAGUUGUAGCUGCCAUCAGUUUGAAUUUUCUGGUAUUCUCUGUCGGCAUGCCCUUCGAGUUCUCUCAACAGCAAAUUGCUUUCAGAUCCCAGACAGAUAUCUUCCUCUUCGCUGGCGACGGAUCAGCACAUCUCCUGCAAAACUUUUACAGAGUUCUCCAAGUGAUCUUUCUGGAAGAAUUCAGUUGUUGCAAGGCUUGGUAUCAACUCUCGUAUCAGAAUCUGCUAAAUCAAAGGAGAGGUUGGAUAUUGCCACUGAGCAAGUCUCUAUUCUAAUAUCUCGCAUCAGAGAGCAACCUGUAUCAUCGCAAGGGUUGCGAGAUAUUUCUCCUAUUCUUGGGAAUCUUUGACUUCUGAUACCCUAAACGGUUAGUGCAAUCUACAUUCUGAACCCUCCUUGAAAAGGGAAGGAAAAUUAUGGAAAUAUGAUAGAAGGAAAGUCGGGUCAUGGGUGGAUUUUUGAAAUACAUCACGACAAAGUUACAGUGGUUCAGGCUGCCUUCCAAGCUGAUUUUUGUAGUUCUCAAGCAAUCAAAAUAUAGAAAUUUCAAAUUUCAAAUUCCAGGCAGUGUUUUAAUCACCUGCUUUUAGGCAUGUACAAGUAUAUAUAUAGAAAAUAACUUGUGCUAUAUGGCUUUGAUCUAAUUCUCUUUGGAAAAUGAUUAGUAUGCUCAUUUUGCUUUUCCUUUGGCUCAUGGAAUGUGAACUAUUUACCUUUGCUGUAUUAGGGUUUUGUAAAUGGAAUGCAAAAGAAAUGUACCCCUAUACACAAUACAGUUUGCUCCGAUUUUCACGAGGUGUGUUGGUUAUGAGAUGGAAAGAAAGGACUCCUUUCCUU